ACACCUUCACAAAACUGCCCAGAUUAAAUGGGAUUUUUUUUUUCUUCACCCACUUUAUACUUUUUUUUGUGCUUUCUGUAUAGGGGGAUUAUGUUUUGUUUCCUUUCUUUAAUCUAUUGAGUAAAUGGGGGGUUUGACACGAAGCACAAGGAGCAGAGAGAGAGAGAGAGAGAGAGCGAGAGCGAGAGCGAGAGAGAGAGAGGAAAAAAGAUGCAGUUCUAUAUGAAAGUCUGCUUCUUUGGAGUCCCAGAGCAGAGGAGCGCAGCAGACCAUGGAGAUGGACGAAGCACACAUGGAGAAGAAGUCGUUCGCCUUCAGCAUUGACAGCAUCCUGAGCAGGACGUUUGAGAGAAGUGACGAGAGCAAAGCGAGCACAGCUUCCGACGCACGACACUCUUCUAAAGAUGAUCCGGAUCUGGAGUCAGGAGCGACUACAAAUCCCGUGGAGCCCCUUCAUCAUGUCUGCGUGUGCUGCUGUUACUGCUCACAUUGUGGAGAGAUGCUCCAGGCUGAUUACCUGCCUGCAAUGUCCUGUCAGCUUGCAUGGAGCAAGAGAGUGCUGAAUGAGACGAGCCUGACAGGAGAAGGUCAGAGGAGAGAGAGCUUCGGUCAGAUCCAGAAGCGGAUCCGGCGUCACCGCACCAUCUUCACCGAGGAUCAGCUAGACGCUCUGGAGGAGCUGUUUGUGCAGAACCAAUAUCCAGACAUACAUACUCGUGAGCAGCUCGCCGAGAGGACUCGCCUGAGAGAGGAGAGGGUCGAGGUGAGAACUGUCUAGAAAAACAUCACAGAAUACAUUUUAACAUGUCAUUUGGGGUCUGGAACUCUUUAUGAAAACCGUGGUGUGGUUAAAGAUUCUGUCAAUAAUCAGUGUGAUGCACGUUUAGGUGUGGUUCAAGAAUCGUCGAGCCAAGUGGCGAAGACAGAAGAGGCUACAGUUCAGUCUCCAUGGGCAAGAUGAGUGGAAAAAUGUCCUUCAUGGUGAUUGAAACGCUCUAAUUUGUGUAAUAUGUGUGAGCAAUGACGUAACA